AUGCGGGAGUGCGACGCGUGGGAUGCUUUAGAUUCUUGCGCUACGGUGUUGAAGACUUUGGCAGCAUCUGUACUUCCAUUUUCCGCAUCUCCCCAGCGGUCAACUUUCAAGAUCGUGUCCUCAGCGUGUGAAGACGAGCUGGUUCUCUCUUGCGAUCCCGCAGAAGUGGUGGAUGCACACGGUUUAGAUAUGGUGGCUGUGGAGCUCUUGCGUGAAGCCAUGGAUGGACUAGCAGCAGCACACUUUGGUCGCCGUGAACAGGCGCGACUUGUGGUCUUGGGUGCUGCGCUCCUGGCCGAAGCUGCUGCUUUGCGCAGGUCAGGCCUGUCAGUGUGGACAUUGCAAAGCGGCUUAAGGUGUGCUCUUGUCAUCGCAGAAGCAGCCAUAGAGAAAAUGCGUUUUGGGAUUCCGAGCUCAUGCAAGAUCCACAUUGCAGAGAACGACAUGGCCGGACUUGCGGACGAAGACGAUGUGAGCUGGUUCUUCACGGCCAUCGAGGAACCACCUCAGAAAGACUCCGGAGUGCACGUCGCGCCCUGCAAACCAGGCAACAGCCCAACGGGGUCCUUUGAUCUCAGUGCGAGCAUUGACGUGAAUGAUAUCUGCGCAGAGUUGUGUCGAAGGCACAGUGGCCCUGUUGAGAGACAGCAUUGCUUUGUUUACGGACGUCAGAAGCUGGUGCGGCAGCCGCAGAUGCGACUUUUCCGAGGCAUUGUUUGCCGCGUGCCCCAGUGUUAUGUGUCUUGCCCCAGUGGCAUGAUGCGCGAACUCACGAUUGCUAAGGAGAUGGCGAGCAUGAGAAAGCAGUUCUUUCGAAGUGUUUGCUUGGACGCAGACCUUGUCUCUGCAGCCUACGACUCUUGUGCCCCACCCCAGCGACGAACGAAGGAGCAAGUCUUUCAGACUGCAGGCACCCUUUUGCCGUCUAGCUUUCGUGAACGAGAGCAGGUGUCGGAGGCCAUUCGCAUGUUGGCAGAGCGCGGUACAGAGGCCUUGCUCGUCUCGGGAGAGGUCUCGGAUGCGGUUUCUGAGCUCUGCCGUAUUGAAGGCCUUCUCUUAGUCGGUGGCCUCCCUGCACGGUUACUGCAUGCAUUGGCGAAGGACCUCGAAGCCGAGGUCUUGCAUGGUUUGCCAGCACUCGCUUCAGCAGACACACCCGAGGUACCUCCCUGGCAAGCGAAGCAUGCACUUCGAAUUGAGCUAGUAGACCGAGAAUGCUCACGAUGUGACUUCGUCUUCCCGCUGCUGGGUUAUCGCCAGCCUCUCCUGCCACACCAGACCCACCAGAGCGGUACAGCCGACGAGCUUGUGGAUCCCUUUUGGGAGCUUUGGGCGGCUGCUGACGGUGGCAUGCCGGCAGCCUCCGUAGUGCUUCUAGAGAGCAGCUGUGAGCCUCAGCUGCGGCAGCUUCAUGCAGAGCUUCACGAUACUUUCCUCCGGCAAUUGGGUUCUCAACCAGGCAGCGGGAAAGUAGAUCACAAUUGGAUAGUCAAGGCGGCGGAAGCUUUGGAGGAGUCUGCGGAUUCGGCAGACUUUCCACUCAUGACUGCAAACGAGCAAGAACCUUCUGUUGCACCGUGGCUGCAUCGGCAGGGCGACUUGACUGACAACCAUGCGGCAUGCCGAGCUAUGGCAUCAGCGCUGCGACAGAUUGCAGCGGCAGAAGGUGACUACUGCACGAGAUGCUGCGGCGAUGGCGCGGAAGAAGAUGUUAACCUGGAGCCUGAGACAGGCCACGCAGCUCUUGCGGUGCUGCAGAGAGGAACACGUUUGGUGGAAGUGAUUCUCUCGCUCGAUGAAGCGCAGCUCUGGCCGACCAGCAAAAAAGCCCGGCGUAUGGCUCUUCUGCAAACGUUGCUUGUAUAUCGGUAG